AUGGCAAUGCAUCAUUUACGAACUAGUUGUGUGAAAGCAGCUCUAAAUGAUGCCAUAUGUAACCUGGCAGAACAAGGCAAAGUAAGAGAAGAAGCAAGAAAAUCUGAAAUAAAAUGUGUGAAACUUCAAGAACAGAUUGAGAUUUUUCAAAAUCAACAAACAGAAAAUCUCGAGUUUUUGGAGCAGGAAAGAAAAGGACUGGAGGAGAGCUCACGCGAAUGGGAGCUGAUGGUGAUAAAAGUGAAAGAAGAACUUUGUGAAUCACGACUGUCUUUGAAAGAAGAAAGACAAAGAAGUGAUGAACAUAGCAAUACGUCAUAUAAACUACGUACUCAAGUAUCCGAUUUACAAGAUGAAUUGAAUGCCGUUAAAUCUCAGUCAUAUCUUGUAAUGUUAGAACAAGAGAAAGAACUCGAAGCUGUGUCGCGUGUCUUGCAGGAAACCUGGGAACAACUGAUGAAGUUUGCUAGUGAUUGUUGUGAAAAGACUAGGAAAUUUGAGAGAAAAACCAUACAUUCUGUCAAUGAAGAGAAGAAGUCUCUUGUUUGCUCUGUAUUGACUGCGGUCUCCACUAAUAUAUUCAAGUCCCAAGACACAAAGAAAUAUUUCACAUCAGAAAGUAACAAUGUCUGCAUUAAUGAUGUUGGCGUUUCAGCAGCUGUCAUGAAGGAUGAUGUCAACGAGUUUAACGAGUCAGAAGAUGAAUUCACGCUAGUGAAACGAGUAAAAGAAGUUCAAAGACUUCUUUUACAGUUCCACAAAGAUUCUCAGACAAUUAUACAACGUCAAGUUGAUGAGAUUUCCGUUCUACAAGAAUCGUUACGUAAGAAUGAUGCAGAAAUGAAGAAGUUAAAACGAGACUUAGAGAAUACAAAAGAAGAAUCGGAGAGUCUAAAAUUUCAACUUACGAACGCUAUAAAAGAUGUGAACGAGUUCCGUGAUAGGAAGGAUGUUUUGGAUGAGAAAUGUCGAGCAAUGAUGGAAAUGGAGUCUGAAAACAAGUUGUUGAAAACCAAACUUCACCUUCUGAAAGAAGAGAUGACAAAUAUUCAGCAGGAUAAAAUUUGUGCAGAAAAGGAAUUGCAAAAUCUUGGAAUAAGAUUGGAAGAAAUAAAAGAAGUAUUUGAAAGGAAGGAUGACAUACAACAAAUUAGUUUAUUAAAAGUUACAUUCACUGAGUUAUUGGAGAAGAAAUUGAAACUAGAGGAAAAGGUUGACAAAUUAGGCCGUACAAAAGCCAAAGUAUUGCAAGAGAAUGAGAGUUUGAUGCAAUGUAAUGCAAGAUUAGAAAAUAAGAUCCGUUUCAUUCGUGGUGCUUUAAUCAAAGCUGAAAAUGAAAUAUGCAGACUUGAUGAUAUUGUUGACAAAUUUUGCCAGGCAACAAAAACUAGCAUUCAAUCUGGGUCAAUCUCUCUCGAUUUGAUGGAACUUUUGAAAGUGUUAAAUAUUGUGAUAGACUAAGGACUUAUGUUUAUUUGCUCAGUUUAUGUAUGUUUUGUUCAGUUUUAGGCAUACCCUGCUAUCUCCUUUUACAGGGUAUUAAUUUGAAAUACCCUCCACAUAUCAUUUGCUAUAAAUUAUAAUAAAUGUUUAGCAUGACACAUUUUAAUUAAAUGCAUAUAUAUUUUAAAGCUGUGAAUACAACGCAUAGCAAUAUCAACUAACAAACAACUAAAAUAUACAAGCUAAAAAGGA